UACAUUCUGAUCCAACCCAAUCUUUUGUCACAAAACACAAAAGAAAGAAAUUGAGCAGCAGAGAAAACAACACAAGAUUGAAUGGCAAUGAUAGCUGGUCUCAGCCUUUCAAGCCCCACGGUUUUCUUCAAGACUUCAGCCUCGCCGGCGCAACCCAUCAAGCUCCACCCACUAUUCAUCCAAGGAUCGCGCCCAGGCAUGAUGACCGGGUCGGGUCGAAUGGCGAUUGUGCGCCCCGUUCGCGCUGCGCCGGAGAGGAUAUCGGAGAAGGUGGAGGAAAGCAUAAAGAACGCUAAGGAAACCUGCGCGGAUGACCCGGUUAGCGGCGAGUGCGUGGCGGCGUGGGAUGAGGUGGAGGAGCUGAGCGCGGCGGCGAGCCAUGCAAGGGACAGGAAGAAGGAAACUGACCCGCUGGAGGAUUACUGCAAGGACAACCCGGAGACUAAGGAGUGCAAAACUUUUGAUGACUAAUAAGAUCACUGAAUCUAUGCUAUCAACAAGUCAAGUAUAAACUGUUGCAUGCAUGGUAUGAUAUGAUAUGAUUAUGAGCACAUACAUGUUUGUUAAUGUUAAUUUGUUUGAGCUUAAGUUGUUUUUCAUGGAUUCAUAGUGAUUUCUAUUUUAAUCAAAUGGUUGUUUCUUGGUGUUGUGAA